AUGUCUUCCCUCAUCACUCCUGUACCAGUUCCCCUGGGCCCCGAGAGCAAAAAGCCUGUUACGACUGCCGCUGCCUCUGCUGCACCGCUCAAUGCCGCGGGCGACAAGGCCAACUUGACCAACUUCUGGCGUAACCCAGAUGCCGGCAACAUCUAUCGACAUGCGGAGCAUCUUACAGGUCCCGUCACCCAGUCUCUUGUCGAUCAUGCGCGUCUCCGCGAGGCCAUUACCGCCGCCGCUGCGAGUUCCAACCCGAACCCGUUGAGGGUGAUGGAUAUGUGCUGCGGUACGGGAGUAGUAUCGGGGUGUAUCCAGAGAAUGUUGAGAGAGAUGGGGACUAAGGAGCGCGAGAAGCUAGAGCUGCUAAGUGCGGAUAGUAGUGAGGCGCAACUGGGGGUUGUGAAGGAUAAGAUUGCCAGAGAGGGAUGGACUGGAACGGACGUUGCUCAGUGCGAUAUCAUGGACCAAUCUUUUCCUACCGGAAGUUUCGAUGUCGUUAUUUGCGCAAUGGCAAUCAUGCUCAUCGCCGAUCCAUAUAAGGCCAUGGCUGAAUGCUACCGUGUCACCAAACCAGGCGGUACCUUCGCCACGUCAACGUGGGUGAUAGAAGGUUGGGUCCCAGAUACUCGCGACGCCGUCGCUUCCUUGUCCUUGCCCGGUCAGCAAUCUGUCUGCUGGCCUCAGAAUUCAGCCGAGCUGACGAACCUUUGGGGCCCCGGGUGUUGGGAAUCACCAAGCUUCGUCCGGUCGAUGUUCACAGCGGCAGGGUUCGUGGACGUCGAGGUCGAAGUCGUGACGAAGUGGGUCAAUUUCCAAAACGCCGACGAGUGGUGUACCGUCUUCCAGGCCUUCAUGCACGGCGUUGUUGAGAGAUUCUGGACGAUGGAGCAAAAAGAGAAGUUGAAGGGAAAGCUGAUGCCUACGCUGAGGGCGUUCCUGGAGCGGAAAUACCAAGGCGGGCCGUUCAGUGUUGAGAGGACUGUUCUGCUUGCCAGGGGACGCAAGCCUGAGAUGUAA